AUGAUGCUAACAAGAUGAUUACUGGAUCCGACGAGAUGUGGAACAAUUACUUUGAGAGCCAUUCAAACCAAACUAACUUAAGAGAAGAUAAUGGUAAAGACUAUGGUGACUUGCUUAUUGUUUUUGGGAAUAAAUGUGCUUCUGGAAAAGUUACAGUUGAUCUUACCCAUGAGGGUACAAGUGCUAGAACCUGUGAUAAGGAAGAUGAACAAGAUAAUUACUUCGAUGUUGAUUAUACUCAACGAGAGCAAUAUGAUAGUGCUUUUAACGUAUCAUACGUGGGAUAUGGCUUAGAGGAAAGUGAUGAACAAGAUAAAGAUGAAACUCAAGAUAUGAACACAACGAAAAUUCCCGUCAGAAAAACGGCACCAAAGAAAAGACCAAGGUGUGACAUUGGUGACUCUUCUACAUCAACUAAUCCUACUGGGCAGUCUGAUUAUCUAGAGAAAUUGAUUGCCAACAGUUCAUCGAUUGCUUAUUCUAUUGAUUCAAUGCAUGCUCUUAUUGCGAAAGAGAAAGAAGACCGCAAAAUUGAAAAAGAAAUGCGUAGAAUUGAUAAGGAUAAGAAAGAUAACCAAGUAUGGGAUCUUGUUUAUGGCAUGAAUGAAAUUUCUUUGGAAGAUAAGCUGAAAGUAAUUGAAAUGCUGGACAACAAUCACAAGAAGAACUUAUUCAUACGUUUUACUCCUGAAGAGAGAAAGUUGUGGAUUGGUUCAAAGUUAAAAGCAUAAACCUGUCAUCUUUGCAAGUUUCUAUUAGGUUUAAUGGGCUUUUAGAGUUACAACAUUUGAUCGUUUUUCUUCGUAACUAUUAGUAUUUAAUAUUUUUUUCUCCAAGUUGAGAACUUAUUAUUAUGGAUUGAUUGCUACUAAUUUUUAUGGAUUGACAUCUUUAUGGUUA